UCCUUUCACCAUGAAGCUGGACUGUUACCAGUGAAAUCACUGCAUUCCAACAGAAACCAGGAUCUGAAUCACUACUUUUAACACACUUUCAAUGCUGGAUCCAUGAAUCUUACAGAGCUUAACCAAACUGAUCGCUGCUUACAGUUUUCCUGUCCAGAGAGAUUCGUAUCUGUCUACGUGUUUCUAUAUGUGUGUGCAGCUGCUGUAGUUUUGCUAACAGUGUGUGGAAACCUGCUUGUUAUCAUCUCCGUGUGUCACUUCAAGCAGCUCCACACACCAACUAACAUGCUCAUUCUCUCUCUGGCUAUGUCUGAUUUUCUGGUUGGAGUGUUUGUGCUCCCAUUCCAGUUAAGUCGGCUGACUGAAUCAUGUUGGAUUUUUGGACCAACUCUGUGUGUAUUUUAUAUUUUUAUUUCUGGUUUUGUCACAAGCAUAUCAAUUUAUAAUGUUGCCAUCAUUGCUGUUGAUCGGUAUUUUGCCAUCUCAAACCCUUUUGUCUACACUGACAAGAUGUCUGUAAACACAGCUUGCAUUGUGGUUUCAUGUAACUGGUUUUUAUCAAUGUCUUACAACUCAGCAGUUCUUUAUUUUAACGGAAAAUCCAUGGGGCUGAUAACAUGUCCUGAAAUGUGUCUUUUUGUGUUACAUGAGGUCUGGUCCCUGAUUGAUCUACUAUUUGCUUUUGUUAUUCCAUGUUCUAUAAUAAUCAUAUUUUAUGUUCUAGUGUUUUUUAUUGCCAAGAAACAUGCCAACGCUAUCAGAGACCUUAAAAGUCAAACUAAAGCUCAGGCCUCAAAAAAGGCAAUGGACUCAAUGAAAUCUCAGAGGAAAGCAGCAAAAGUACUGAGCAUUUUAGUGACUGUGUUCUUGGCUUUUAUGUUUCCAUACUUUCUUUGUGCUUUAGUAAGUAAUACUAUGCAAAGCAAUGUUUUUGAAAAAUUGGUGAUUCUUCUAUAUCUUAAUUCUUCUGUCAAUCCAGUGAUUUAUGCUUUGUUUUACCCAUGGUUCAGAAAGUGCAUUAAAAUCAUUUUAACUCUUCAAAUAUUAAGAACUGAUUCUGCACUGAUAAAUGUCCACUAA